GGCUGCGGACAGACACCCAACCAUGCCAGCAGACCUCAGCGGUACCUGGAAUCUUCUCAGCAGCGACAACUUCGAGGGCUACAUGCUGGCCCUGGGUAUUGACUUUGCAACUCGUAAGAUUGCCAAGUUGCUGAAGCCACAGAAAGUGAUUGAGCAAAAUGGGGACUCCUUCACCAUCCAGACGUGCAGCAGCCUCAGGAACUACCUUGUAAAAUUCAAAGUUGGAGAAGAGUUUGAGGAGGAUAACAAAGGCCUGGAUAACAGAAAAUGCACGAGCCUGGUUACCUGGGAGAAUGACAAACUCACUUGUGUACAGAGAGGAGAGAAGAAAAACAGAGGCUGGAGCCACUGGAUGGAAGGGGACCAGCUCCACCUGGAAAUGUUCUGCGAAGGCCAGGUGUGCAAACAAACCUUCCAGAGAGCCUGAUACAGCUCCAGCCACAGAGCCCACUUGAGGCUCAAUGCCAAGUUAUCUCGCAGAAGGAACCGGUGUUUGUGUGUUUUGGGUUGAUGAAGGGUCUUGUCAUUGGAAAGCUGUCACACAGCCUGUAUGAGAAACUAUUGGGUUCCAGGACAGUUUCAGCUCCAAUAAAUCUGCUCAAGUGUU